AUGCUGGGGACUGCAAGACAGUUUCAGGAUGAUAUUGCAUAUAUUCACAAACUGUGUGAUGAAAUAGUACAGCAUAGACGAGAACAUCCAAAUGACAUCAACGAUUUGCUCAAUCGGAUGAUAAAAGGAAAAGAUGAAGAAACUGGCUAUCAAUUAUCUGAUGAAAAUAUUCGUUAUCAAAUGGUAACUUUUCUGAUGGCCGGACACGAAAAAACCUCCGGACUACUUUCGUUUACUUUUUACUACCUUCUUAAAAAUCCGCAUGCUUUGCAAAAAGCGCAAACAGAAGCAGAUCAAUUCGACGAAAUUACCAUUGACACUCUGCCCAAAUUAAAGUAUAUUGAUGCAGUGCUUAAAGAAACCCUUCGACUGCAGCCUUCAGCGCCAGUGAUUAGCUUGCACUUGAAAGAAGACAAAGCGAUUUUACCCGGUGGCUACGAAAUUCACAAAGACGACAGAAUUAUGGUCCUUCUGUCUCAAUUACAUCGUGAUCCGAAAGUCUGGGACCGUCCGGAAGAAUUUUUACCCGAACGAAUGCUCAAUGGAGGAUUCGAAAACUUGCCACCAAAUGCAUGGAAACCUUUCGGAAACGGUCAACGAAGCUGUAUUGGUCGAGCUUUUGCUAUACAAGAAAGUCUUCUCGCCGUCGCACUAAUUCUUAAACACUAUAAUAUUGAAUUUGUUGAUACUUCCUAUGAACUUCGUGUUGAACAGACGUUAACCAUCAAACCAGAAGGCUUCAAAAUGCGAGUUCGACCACGUAAGCGAGGUAAAAUUCCAGUAGGCAUCAGCGUCAACACAUGUGAAAAGACACCUGCUCAUACACAACAGGUCGAAACAAAUCAUUGCAGACCGAUAUCUGUUCUCUUUGGCAGCAAUUCCGGCUCAUGCGAAUCGUUUGCUGGGAUUUUGGCUUCCGAAGCAUCUACACAUGGAUUCAAUGCGACAAUUGCGACUCUUGACUCUGUCGUUGGAUCUCUUCCUUGUGAUCGACCGGUGAUCAUCGUCACUUCCUCGUACGAAGGCAAACCAUGCGAUAACGCAAAACAGUUCGUGGCAUACCUCGAUUCGAAACCGGAGCUCAAGAUCAACUAUGCAAUAUUCGGAGCGGGUCAUCAUGAUUGGGUGAGCACGUUCCAAAAGAUUCCGAUUUAUAUCGACGAGAUGCUUGAAAAAGCUGGUGGAACGAGAAUCGUUGAACGUGGAAUUGGUGAUGCUGCUGGUGAUUUUUUUGGUUCAUUUGAAGCCUGGAAAGAGAAUCUCUUCCAAGUAUUGCGCCAAGGUAGUGGGUUGCAAAGUGUUAUCAGUCAAGAAAAACUUUCGAUUGAAAUUGUCAAUUCCACAAGAAAUCUUGGACAAAUAACCGAUAUUGGAAUUGUCAAAGAGAACAAAUUACUUGCCGAAGCAAGCGAGCUUGGACCUGCAAAGCGACAUAUCGAGAUUGAGCUACCCAAAGGACAAACUUAUCGUACAGGAGAUUAUCUUGCCGUGUUGCCAAUGAACCCAGUUGAAGUUGUUCGUCGAGUUCUCAAACGUUUCAAUUUGUCCACCGAUACUCACAUAAAAAUUCUUUCGUCUACAGAAACUUUUCUCCCAACCGGUUACCCAGUGAAUGCAUCAGAUAUUCUAAGUGGCUACGUCGAGCUGACUCAACCGAUCAGCCGAAAACAAGUAGAAACGCUUGCUACGGUGUGCAAAGACCAAAAGGAACAAACACAACUUGCCAGUCUCGGCGGCGACGCAUACCAAACUGAAAUUCUCGACAAACGUCUUAGCAUACUCGACAUUCUCGAAUUAUAUCUUUCAUGCGAACUUUCAUUUCCGCAGUACCUUCGUAUGCUCCCAUCACUACGCGUGCGUCAAUACAGUAUCUCUUCUUCGCCUCUAUGGAAUUCAGAAGCAGUUACACUUACAAUCGAUGUACUCGAUGGUCCGGCAAACAGUGGACAUGGACGAUACUAUGGUGUCGCAUCAAAUUAUCUCGCCAAUCUGAAAAAAGAUGAUCGUCUCAUCUGCAGUGUGCGCAGGUGA